AUGAAUCCAGUCAACUUUUCCAACGUGGGCACUGGAGCCAUGCUCACCGGUGCCAACCCUCAAGGCCCUAUGCAGCAACCUCAAAAUGCCCAGGUUCAACGCCAUAUCGCUGUAGCCCUACAAAAUCAAGGUCCUUUUACCGGUUGGCGCGCGGAAGUUUCCAUCCCAGAUCGCGCCGGCAAAGUCCUGCAGAUGAUUACCUCCCUUCGACUUAUACAACCUCGAAUCGAAAUUCAAAACGCUCUCCAGGCUGCUCUAUCGUUCGAGGAAAAGGCUUUUCGUGAAGCUAAUCAGAGGGACGAUUACGAGAAAGAGUGUGCUACUAAACUCCACGCCAUUAAAGAAACGAGAUUGCGACAACAAGCCGUGUACAACCAAGGCGGGUUAAUGCAGCACGGAGGUGCCAAUGGGGGGUUGCCGGGUGUAGUUCGUCCCAACCAGAUGCCCCCGCAAUUCACACCUCAGAUGAACCGACCGAUGCAAACGUCACCUAUGCCUGGACAGAUUCCCAUGCACAUGGGAAUGAAUGAUCCCAACAUGAUUCAACAACAGCAACAGAAUUUUGCGCAGAAUCAAAUAGGACAACAACGGCCCCCUUCAGGGAUGCCUAUGGUCGACGAACUGAGUAUGCUCAGCCAACCCGAUUUCAAGUCACUUAUUAAGAUUGCACGCGAAAUGAUGGGGAGGUUACCCCCGGAAGAAUUAGAGAAGCGAAGAAAUGCGGCAGCGGCAAAGAUGACUCCAGAGCAAAAACAAAUUAUAUCACAGAAAUAUGGGGAUCCUUUGACUUGGGUGAUGAGCCUUCAAAUCCUUAAGAGUAUGAAAGCUCGGCGUGCCCAACCACACAAUCCUCGUGCACAAGGCCUAGACCCUAACGCGUCCAUGGUCGGAGGAGACAGCAUGAUGAACGCCGCUCAACGCCAGAUGACACCAAAUAUGAUGGGUUUGCAGCGGAACUCCGCGUUGCCGAUGAAUAAUCAGCAAGGCCUGGACCCUGCAUUCAUUGGAAGUAUCGAGAACAUUCAAGUGCAGCAAGCGGAUGGGCUUCGCUCUCAGGAAGCUGGUCAGCUGGUCGUCCCUGCGAGUAGUGCACCGAUGUCUAGCCAGCAAACCUUUGCAGACCCUAAUGGCUUAUUUCAAGCUGGAGUGCCGCAGCAAAACACACAGCCAAACCUGAAUCGGCCCAUCAACCCGCAACAGUUCUUAUCGCAACAACAACAGCAACAACUGCAAAACACGCAAAAUGUCCAACAGAUCGGCAUGCAACAGACAUCACAGUUCCAGGCUCAAGCUCGAGCCCAGGCCGCGCAUAAUGCAAAAAUGGCCCAAGCUGCCGGGCAGAGUACUAAUCAAGUAAACCAGAAUAUGCCCCAUCAGAGCCCCGCGAUGCCGAUGCUUAAUCGUCCAGUUGGUCCUAACAUGUCACCAGCGCAAGCAGUAGGACAAAUACGACCACCAUCGCGACAACCUGGUGUGAAUGGACAGCAACAUGGCAACCAACAACAGGGAAUGCGACCGCAAAUUCCUAACAUGCCCAAUAUGACUCCGGAACAAGUGAAUAACUAUCUGAUGCAACAACGCCUUGCUCUAGCGAACAGCCAAGCGGCAAGAGCAGGAAAUGGUCAACCGAUGUCCAUGCAAACAAAUAUAUCACAGGUUUCUCAAGCUGGACAGUUCAAUGGCCUCAACGUUGGCACAUCUAUGCCUAUGCAGCAGUCCCUUACUGGACUGACGGGGUCGAAUAAUGCAAUGAUUCAAGGACAGCAACCUUCGCAGCCACAACAGAAUCAGCAGGCCCUCUUAAGACAACAUCAAGCAGCCUUGAUGCGUUCCCAGGGCCAGAAUAUUGAGAUGACUGCUGAGCAGAUCCGAGAUAUGGAUCGCAUGGCUUUCCCCCCAUCUAUGAUCAACUCUAAUGCAAAUAUGAACCCUCCAAUACCAAAGGCAGUGAAGACCUGGGGUCAGUUAAAGACGUACGUUACACAGAAUCCUGGUAGCGUAGAUCCGGGCAAGUUACUGGAUCUUCAGCGUCUGCAUUUUGUGCAUACUCUGUCACAACAACGUGAAGCUGGGAGAAACAAUGAACAAGCCGGACAGCAAAAUUGGCCUGGAAAUGCUCAACCAUUUAUGCCUGGUCAAAACGUGACGGGACGGCCACAACCCACACUACCUACUGUAACCCCCGAAGAACUCGUAAUGGCGCGGCAGAAACUCGGCCCACAAUUCCAGAAUAUCUCGGACGACCAACUCAGGGCUUUCCUUGCGAGAAACAAGCAGAAGAUGUUUUUGCAGCAGCUUGCCGCCCGGGGCUUCCCUGUGCAGCAGCCCAAACAAGCCCCAAAUCAAGCCCAGCCACCUCAAACGAUACCAAUGCCAGCUCAAGUCCCCAACAAGCAGAUGGUACCUCCCACGACACAGGCAGCUCAACCAGCGCAGACCCCGCAAAUGGCCAACGCCAAAGUCCAGCCAACACCGACAGGUGCUAAGGUAGCGAAAGGUGGAGCAGCUGGCAAGACGGCCUCCAAGAAGCGACCUCACAGUGAUGAUGUUAUCGAGAUUCAAAACCCCAAGGCUCAACCACCACAAGUGUCUCCUCAAGCAGUUGCCGCAUCUGUACUUGCACGUCCACCCGCUAAUGUCGCCAGGGAGCAGCUUGCUGGUUCAUCUCAGCGACCCCAACCCGAACCUCAACCGCAACAACGACAGACCCGGCUUCAAAUAUCUAGAACUGCUGCAGAAGAGAACUGGAACAAUGCUCUUCCUGAUCAACAGAAAAUUUGGUACCACGAUAUGUCCAAAUCUAUUAUUUCUAACGCAGCACCUAAGGAUAUCUCAGCGGAAGAUAAGCGAGUCAUGGCUAAGCAGCUACAAGAUUCUACCGACAUGCUAUCAAGGUUGGAUACACUCGUUCAGUGGUUUAUCAAGCUCAGCAAUUAUGAGAGAAACAUUAAGCACCUUUUUUCUAUGCGGAUCCACCUCUUGAGACAAUUCAAAUCAACGGAAUGGACAGUCAAUGAUGAGUUUACUAUUGCUCCAGAGUACCUUAAACAAUGUCUUGGAAUGAUCAGGAGCAUGUUCACCUCAAUGAUAACUAGAGUCCAAAGUCAACAAUUACAGCAAAAACAAAGAGCCCCGAUGCCGCCUGUUGGUGGUCAACCUCCUUUGAACGCAUCCAACCUUCAGCAGCUGGAAGAAGAGGCGAAACGAGCUCGACGGACGCAGAAUCAAAACGUUCCUGCAGCACCCACAGCUCUGCAGCCGCCGUUCCCAUUGGGGGACCCGUCUCCUCAAGGAGUUCCGCAAGCUUACGGGCCAGGUGGAUUCUCUCCGGACAAGUUGAAAAUACCUCCUACAAAACGCAGGAAGCAAAGUCACGCAUCAGUUUCGGUACCACAAGGUGGUGCUGCCGCGAAGGCUGCGGCCAAAGGAGACGUUGCGAAGGCCUCGUUCAAGUGUACUGUUGCUGAUUGUGAAUAUCAUGUCAAGGGGUUUCCGACGCAAGCUGCUCUGAAUAAACAUGUGGAAGAUGAGCACAAGGUCAAGGAGGAGAUUACUGAUCCAUUGAAGUACAUGGUGGACAGCUUGGAUACCGGGCUUGGCGCGCCAGAGUCCGUCGUAGGAUACCUGCAGGGUGAGAAUGACAAGAAGCUGGUGUCUGGCGAAGCCUCACUCGUGAAACAAGAGGUCAAAGCUGAAGGUGUCACCCCUGCUACCGGCGCCACACCAAUGAGCCGGUUAAUGAGUCAGACGGAUGGUAAGAUUAUAUCACCAGCAUCUACCAGUAUGACAACGCCACGUCUGCAAGCGGCGAAGGCGACUAAACCGGCAGCUGCCAAACAAGUCAAAUCUGGUGCCAAGACAGACGCGGCGAAGGCAGUUCUUGAACGGGCACCUGUUUCAGAUAAUGCAGCUGUUAAAGACGGAUGGGCCGACAGCAAGGUGUCUCUUGAUGUUAUUCAAGAGACAUUCGACAUACCGAUGACAGAUAGUUACCCUGGCAUGGGAGGGGAAUUUUUCGAAAUGUUCCUCAACUCAGAUAUGUUUUCCAACCAGAAUGAAGAUACACCAGAUUCAGUUGAUAGCAACACAUUUGUCACCCAGACACCAAAUGACGGUGAUAUGGCGAAAGACGACUCGGCAAUCCAGAUUCAAGAUGUUGAGGAUGAUGGCUCUUGGCCCUCUAACUGGUUCUCUCACCCUGGACCGAUUUUCUCUGGAAAUGACGAUCCAUGGAUGGACUGGGAAACUGUCAACAAAGAGCUUGAAGCUGCGCCUCUGAACAAGGGCCUUUCGUUCUCAGUAUCAUGAUCCCCCACUAACCUUUGCGUGUUGGAGGGCAAAAUAUGUUGCCAGGCGCAUGGUUGUCUAUGAUUUGAUGGAUUUAUGCUCUUGUCAACUCAGCCUUCAUUCAUGUAAUGUUUCUCUUCCACCUUGUAUUGAUCUUUCUUUACUACAAUCAGGUUCAGGCGUCGCGAGAGAGAUAAAAGUUGAGGUUUCCCAGUUCCGGAGGUGUUGCGUGGGUAUGGAGUCUAAGUGGUUAUACUGCUUUAUUGUCAUUAUCUUACUUCUUUUUUAUCUUGUUUUGAGCAUGUAUCAUGAGUUCUGAGGCGACCAAGGAUCGAUUCGUGGGAUACCAUUUGCGUUAAUAUGGAUGGCGAACUGUUGGGUAAUUUGCUGUUCCCUUUAUACCUUUACAGUGGUGAUAAUAAUAGAUGAUUGUCUAUGUCC